AUGGAAUUGGGCUCGACUGCUUCUUUCCAGCAGAAGGCUCCUCUUGGUCCCACUCCCACUUCGGCAUCCGCCACCUCCUCUGAAGCUUUGAUCAAAGUACUCGAGGAGAAGAUCAAAAAGUUGUCUCUCAAGGCGGCGCCACAGACCGAGGUCAUCUACACUUCCGUCAUACGAGCAAGGGAGCCCGAACCUUUCUCCGGCAACCCAGACAAGCUCGAGUGGUUCAUCUUCCACACCCAGCUAUACUUUGAGGCUGAUUCCGACACCUUUGACUCUGAUCAGCGCAAGAUCAUCUUUACUCAGCCGCGCCCCGCUUUCCUCUUGGAUUACGACCUUCUCAUUGCACAGCUGCGACGUAAAUGGGGUGUGCCUAAUGUGAGGGGUAGGGGUCAAAGGAACCGUCGUGGGUACAGACAGACUGAUGUCGCCUAUAAUAUCUAA